GGUGUCUCUGUUUUGUUUAUCACCAGUUCUUCUGCAGCAGAGGCUGUUGUUUUCAUCGUCUGCAUGCAGUGACUUAUGGAGAAAACAGUCAGAAGAGAAAAGACAAAGAUAAAAGACAAAAGCAUGUCUCUGUUCGGUACACCUGCUCCAGCCACCUUCACUCUCGGCGUUCCGUCAUCCAAACUGUCGGAUAAAGCCUCACAGAACACCACAGAUGGUCUCAUCCCAAGUACCAGCGUCAGUUCAACAGAGAACGCUGAGAAGAAGGAGAAUCCUGUGUUGAGGUUCCCAGCGGUUUUACCAGAUUCACCAAGGAUGGAGUCUCCAUGGAGGAAAGUGCAGUGGACGGAUGAACAAAGGACAGCCCUGAUGGACAGAAUCAGCUCCUACAGACCCAGCUGUGAGGAGGUGACCCGGGCUCAGGUUCUCCUCCUGGGCCCCGUCGGCUCUGGGAAGUCCAGCUUCAUCAGUUCAGUGCAGUCUGUGUUUAAUGGAAGGGUCGUCAACCGAGCCAUGGUGGGUUGCUCCACCCCCUCAACCAGCUUCACCAAGAAGCUGCAGUCAUUCAGCAUCCGUGGCCAGAAGGGGGAGGGUCUUGCUGGGCUGGCGCUGUAUGAUAUAAUGGGUCUGGGGGACGGAGACAUGACUGGACUGACUCUCCAUGACAUUCUGGCCGUCAUCAAAGGACACGCACCUGACGGACAUAAGUUUAGCUCAGCUCAUCCGCUGAGCUCCGACAUCGUGGGUUAUGUGAAGAGGCCGAGUCUCAAAGACAAGAUCCACUGUGUGGCUUUUGUGGUGGAUGCUUCCAAAAUCCUGACCUACCCCAAAGGCCUCAGCGCCAUUUUCCAGCAACUCCGAGAACACAUCAGCGACCUCGGUGUUCAUCAGGUGGCUCUGCUGACCCACAUUGACAAAAUUUGCCCGCAGACAGCCAAAGAUGUCUGCCAGGUUUACAAGAGCAAAGUCAUUCGUGACAUGAUAAAUAAAGCUGGAGCCCUGCUGGGGAUGUCCACUUCCUACAUUGUCCCUGUGAAGAACUACUCAUCAGAACUGGACCUGGACGUUAACACUGAUCUGCUUCUGCUCAGUGCCGUCGACCACAUCUUGCAGUAUUCUGACCUGUACUUCCUGGACAACGCAGAACAAACUCAGCUCAAACUUUAAGACAUUUUUUCUGGUGUCAUUCGGUGGCGGAUUUGGACAUGUGCUUAAGUCUUGGUUGUUAUUUCCUGUUUAACUUUGAAAUUAGUUCUGUCUAUGAUUAUUUAUGUCACAAGUGUCAAACCUGUGGCCCGGGGGUCAAAACCGCCCCCCCAAAGGUUCCAAUCUGGCCCACGGGAUGAAUUUGCAAAGUGCAGAAGAUAUUAACAGUCAAGGGUGUUGAACUUCAAAAUAAUAGCACAGACCUAAAAAUAAUAACUCCAAAUAUUCUUCUUGGUUUAAUGUGGAAAAAUAAUAUGACUCUUUGAUUCUCUCUUUGAUUUAUUGCAAAGAACAUUAAACUGUGAUAUCCUUUAAUAAUAAAACGUCAAU